AUGCCUGCCACACAGCCUCGGUUCAUGCCUGCCACGCAGCCUCGGUUCAUGCCUGCCACGCAGCCUCGGUUCAUGCCUGCCACGCAGCCUCGGUUCAUGCCUGCCACGCAGCCUCGGUUCAUGCCUACCACGCAGCCUCGGUUCAUGUCUGCCACUCAGCCUCGGUUCAUGCCUGCCACACAGCCUCGAUUCAUGCCUGCCACACAGCCUCGGUUCAUGCCUGCCACACAGCCUCGGUUCAUGCCUGCCACACAGCCUCGGUUCAUUCCUGCCACACAGCCUCGGUUCAUUCCUGCCACACAGCCUCGGUUCAUUCCUGCCACACAGCCUCGGUUCAUGCCUGCCACACAGCCUCGGUUCAUGCCUGCCACACAACCUCGGUUCAUUCCUGCCACACAGCCUCAGUUCAUGCCUGCCACACAGCCUCGGUUCAUGCCUGCCACACAACCUCGGUUCAUUCCUGCCACACAGCCUCGGUUCAUGUCUGCCACACAGGAUCGGUUUACCACUGCCACACAGCCUCGGUUCAUGUGUACCACGCAGCCUUUGUUCACCCCUGCCACACAGCCUCAGUUCACGCUUGCCAAACAUCCUCAGUUCUUGCCUGCCACACAGUCUUGGUUCACGCCUGCCACACAGCCUUGGUUCAUGCCUUCCGCCCAGCCUCAGUUCAUGCCUACCACACAGCCUCCGUUCACCACUGCCACACAGCCUUUGUUCUCAGCGUCCAUGGUUCAGCCUUCUUUCAUGCCUGUCACACAGCCUCAGUUCUUGCCUACCACACAGUCUCAGUUCAUGCCUGCCACACAGCCUCGGUUCAUGCCUGCCACACAGCCUGGGUUCAUGUCUGCCACACAGCCUCAGUUCAUUCCUGCCACACAGCCUCAGUUUAUUCCUGACACACAGCCUCAGUUCAUGCCUACCACACAACCGCAGUUCUUCCCUGCCACACAGUCUCAGUUCAUGUCUGCUACAUAG